AUGGCCGCGCGCGCGCCUUCGCCCGGCGAAAAUGAUGAUGCGCACCCCGCGCCCGCACCGGUGCCUCUCUCAAUGCCUCCGCCAGACCACAAGCUUUUUACCCACAAAUACGACUUUCUCGUUGACUUGAUGGAUGACUUGGAAGAAUGGUCCGCUUCAGCGCUCUUUUGCCUUGUGGCUAAGGCGCUCGCGAAAGACGAGCGUAAAUGGACCCUACACAUCGUCAACAGCACACAUAACCACCCGCCCGCCGAGUCCCGUGCCAAUUUGGUCGGUAAAUUCCUCCCUAAGCACAAGGCUUUUGUGGCGACCUAUUCCGACAGGCCCGCGAUCUCGAAUCGGGAGAUCGCUAGGGAUUUGCGCACCAAGUUCCCCGGCUUCGUCUUCAACCCGACAAGAGACCCUUGA